AUGUACAGCCGUCAAACAACCCCCCCGAAUGCUUCUUUCAACUACAUCCCCAGCAGUGUUGGCUCGGACGCUACCUACUACUCGCAAGCGUCAUCACCAGAGCCUCACAUGGCUGUCCCCACUCCCCCACGGUCGCCAGUCAGGCAGUACGGGCCCGUCCUCCUUCCCAAGGUCCGCAUCCAGGACCAGGUAUCCGAGCCCACGACUGGUCCCGUCAGACAUCGCAGGACGACGUCUAACUCCAGUGCCGGCUAUGCCUACAGCCCCUACUCCCGAUCAGCCUCCAUGGCUCGCCGUGGAUCCAGCCCGCUGAACCACAACAUCCACAACAUGCACAGCACAAUUACCUCUCCCGUGUCGACUGCCUCGUCGUACGACUUCAACCUCUCCACUCUCAACUCGCCCAUCGCCUACCCACAGCAGCCCGACUUUUCUCGACGCUCCUCCUAUGUCGGCUCGCAGUCCCGCUCCGCCUCUGCCAACCGAGCCCGCCAUGCCCGCUCGGGCUCUGCUGGAUGUGUCGAUGAGCAGGUCAUCAGCCGCUAUGGCUUCCCCACCUACCGCAACAUGCCCAGCUAUGUGACUGCCUCAACCAUGCCCCAGUCCAACUUGAACCUAGUCACAUCUCUGCCCUCGGCAUACUCCGCUGUCCAGAACAUGAACAGCUUCACUGCGACAUGCGCUCAGGACUUUACCGUCCCCGAGUUUGACCCCGCCCCCGCUGUGCAGUACCCUGCCUUUGGAGACUUUGGCUUUGAUGGCUUCCCACAAGUCCCAGCCACGUCUUCCCUGGUUGAGUACCUGUCCUCUCCCAACCCUUCUCCAGCGCUAGUCCGCCGCGUCACCAGCGCACCUCGAGGCAUCAACAACCACUUUUGGUGGGACAUUCGCAACCUCCGCAGCUGGGAAGACUUCAACAUCACCACCAUCAAGGCCAUCCCCUCGGUGCUUCCUCUCCUCGAAGUCCCCGUCCCUGCCACCUACCUUCCCCAGCCCUGCCGUCAGAACCUGCAGCCAGAGACCGAGUCGGCGCUCCAAGACAUUUGCACAAACUACUACGCCAACAAGGUCAAUGCCGCCCUCAAGGUAGCCCAGGGAAACACACACAUGAUGAUGCGUGCCAUCAAGCCCGUGGCCGGUCAACGCCAACAGCCAGAGUUUGUCUCCAACUACCCCUCAGACUAUGAAAAGACUCUCUUUGGCGACAGCCGCGGCCGCGUCGUUGGCCUCGUCAAGUGCUACGACCAAUGGAACACGGGCAUGCGCAGCGAGUCGCCGCCAAAGCAAGUCCUCUACCUCCAGGGCCUCGCACACCUCCACCGCGUGAUGCGCGAGCACGGCUGCCGCUACGGCUUCAUCAUGACGGAGAUUGAGCUCCUCUGCGUCCGCUGCGGCGGGCCCUCUGACUUUUCGACUCCCGACCCCACAACCGUCAAUGCCAAGACAGGCGUGCCCAUCUUCGGGUACCUCGAGACGUCUGCUCCCAUCAGCCUGUCUACCAACGGUUUCCACCCGGAAACCGGCGACAUCCAGCUCACAGCCGCCCUCGCCCUCUGGUACCUCCACAUGCUCGCCAAGGAGAACCCCUUUGAGGGCAUGGGCACCUGGCGCAUGGAUGUCGGCGGCCCUGCUGCUCUCACCCGCCAGAACUUCCUCGAAAAGGACGCCUGGAUCCCCAAACCCCAGCUUGGCGAGAAGAGAGAGGCCAAGCGCGUGCGAGGCUGGGUCUUUCCCGAUGAGCCGCUUAGCAAGAGGGAGUGCGGCAAGGGCAAGAGGGGGAAGAGCAUUGGUUAAGUAUCUCUAUAUAUGUGUGUGUGUGUGUGUGUGUUAAUGUUGGGUCACGAGGCUAUGAUUGAAUGUGCAU